UGCCCGGCGUAACAGCUGGGCGGUAUUCGCGCUCUCCGCUACGUUGAUGCCCUGCUUUGCUCUCCGUUCCGUACUCCGCUCUCGCUCUGGCCUCACGGACACUGAGAUUGCAGGAUUGUUUGGAAAUUUGGUUUUUAAUCCGGUGGAUGAAUUAUUAGUAUAAACUUCAAAGCCCAUCAAAAACCAGACAACGAUACGUCGAGCGUCUGUGGAUUGUAAUUUUGAGUUUUUUUCCUCCCCAAGUCUGGAAACUGCGUAGCCAGCUGAACGAUUCCUGUCCUGCGCUGCAGCUCUGUUGCUUGUUUUCUUUUCCAUCUGUCUGGAAUUUGGGAUGGUGUGGUGGGCUGUGAUGAUAUAGUAUGAAGUCUGGAGGAUGGGAGCGAAUAAUGGCAAACAGUGCGGCAGUGAGGGUGAUUUGGUGUAGCCCUUGGGACUUAUUGGCAAUAAGUCAGUAAGGACCGCAGAUGCUGGAAGAUAGAGUCAAUAAGCAUGGAGCUGGAAAAGCACAGCCGGUCAAACAGCAUCCAAGGAGCAAGAAAGUCAAUGUUUCGGCCGAAACCUUUCAUCAGGAUUAGAAAACUUCUUCAAGGCAAAGGCAGCUCAAGCAUCUCAUCCGACAUGAGUUCAAGUACGGAUCACACACCAACCAAAGCCAGAAGGAAUGCAGCUACCAGUGAAGGUUCUGCAAGCCUCCCUGUAUCUGUGGAGAAGCGGCCGGCUGCGGAGGAACCACCCUCCUGGACCUCUGAGGAUAAGCAUACCGAGACCUCAGAGGAAGCAAGGCUGCCUCCUGCAUCCCCGACAAGCCCGAUUCUGACACCUCAGUGAGGAACUGCAGGCAUUGAAAGUGUGGGUUUACAAUCUGGUGAGCCUCUCACUGUGAGAGCUCUUUGGCUGGCUAAGGAAGAAAUUGCCCACACUGCUGGCACUCAGAGGACUGCUGUAGAUAAGCCACCUACUCAUCUCCUAUAGCAGCCUGAGAUAAAUCUUAUUAGGCCCUGCAAUUUAUGCACCCUUCUCUGCCCGCUGAAACAUUAAUCUUAGCAUAUCCUAGAACCAUCCAACUGACAUACCCAGCUAUAAUGUCUUUCUUCUUUGUGAAUGCACAUAAGAAAUACUCAUUUAAGUCUUUGCCCACGACCUCUGGUUCCACACACAGUCUGUCUCACAGUUUGUCUCUAAUAGGCCCCACUCUUUCCCGAUAAUCCUCUCACUUUUAAUAUGCUAAUAGAAUUCCUUGGGGUUUUCCAUCAUGCUGUCUGCCAAAGAUAUUUCAUGGCCCCUCUUUGCUCUCUUAAUUUAUUUUAUAAGGAACUCCCUAUGCUGUCUAUACUUUUGAAAACCCUGUCCAGUUUUUAAUGCACUGGACCUGACAUAUGCUUCCCUUUUUGCCUUUAUCUAAUUCCUGACAUCCCUUGACAUUCAUGGUUCCCUGGACUUGCUGCCUUUGCCCUUCACUUUUUGCAGAACAUGCUAGCCCUGAAUUAUCCCUAUAUUACUUUUAAAAGACUCCCAUCUUCCAAAUGCU